AUUCACCUCGGACUCUCUCUCUCCUCUUUCUCUCUCUCGUCAGCAAUAUCAUCAGAAAGUGUUGCAGAAAAACACCGUCUCAUCACAUCACUCCCGACCUCUGCUGCUGCUGCUACUGAAGCGAAAGGAAGGAAGGAAGGAAGACCCCAGUACCAUAUCAUCCUUUCUUUCCCGAGUUCGUUACUCAACGGUUGUUGCCCCACCUCCUCACCCCGGGUUUCCCCGUAUUGUCCCUCCCCUCCGCCGGCGGAACCAUGAUCACGGGGCACGACCUGUACACCGUCCUGUCGGCGAUGGUCCCGCUCUACGUGGCCAUGAUCCUGGCCUACGGCUCCGUCCGGUGGUGGAAGAUCUUCUCCGCCGACCAGUGCUCCGGCAUCAACCGCUUCGUGGCCAUCUUCGCCGUCCCGCUCCUCUCCUUCCACUUCAUCGCCAAGAACGACAUCUACGCCAUGAACCUGCGCUUCAUCGCCGCCGACACCCUCCAGAAGCUCAUCAUGCUCGCCGUCCUCGGCCUGUGGGCCAACUUCACCCGCAACGGCUCCCUCGAGUGGACGAUCACCAUCUUCUCCCUCUCCACCCUCCCCAACACCCUCGUCAUGGGCAUCCCCCUCCUGGAGGCCAUGUACGGCCCCGGCGCCAGCAAGCGCGACGACGCCGGCGGCCUCAUGGUCCAGGUCGUCGUCCUCCAGUGCAUCGUCUGGUACACCCUCCUCCUCUUCCUCUUCGAGUACCGCGGCGCCAAGAUCCUCAUCAUGGAGCAGUUCCCCGAGACCGCCGCCUCCAUCGUCUCCUUCAAGGUGGAGUCCGACGUCGUCUCCCUCGACGGCCGGGACUUCCUCGAGACCGACGCCGAGAUCGGCGACGACGGCAAGCUCCACGUCACCCUGCGGAAGUCCAACGCGUCCAGGCGGUCCCUCGGCCCCGGCUCCUUCUCCGGCCUCACCCCGAGGCCGUCCAACCUCACCGGCGCCGAGAUUUACAGCCUCAGCUCCUCCCGCAACCCCACCCCGAGGGGCUCCAACUUCAACCAGUCCGACUUCUACUCCAUGAUGGGGUUCGCCCCGAGGCGGUCCAACUUCGGGUCGGCGGAUCUGUACUCGGUCCAGUCCUCCCGCGGCCCGACCCCGAGGCCAUCGAACUUCGAGGAGAACUCCGCGGCAAUGGCACAGUCUGUACCGUCCCCGAGAUUCGGGUUCUACCCGGCGCAGACGGUUCCGACCGCGUACCCGGCUCCGAAUCCGGAAAUCGCAUCCGCUUUCCCCAAAAGCAGCAAGAACUCGCAACAGCAACAGCAGCAGCAGCAACAGCAGCAGCAGCCAAAGCAGCAGGAAGGCAAAGCCAACCAUGACGCCAAGGAGCUCCACAUGUUCGUGUGGAGCUCCAGCGCGUCGCCGGUGUCCGAAGGAGGCGGGCACCACGUGUUCGGCGGGAACGAAUUCGGGGCGUCCGAGCAAUCCGGGCGGUCCGAUCAGGGCGCCAAGGAGAUCCGGAUGAUCGUCGCUGACCACCCACCCAAUGGCGAAACCAAAGCGGUUGCGGAAGCUGAGGGCGUGGGCGGGGAUGACUUCAGCUUCGGUGGGAAAGGCGGGGAGGGGGACGAGGAGCGGGAGAACAAGGAGGGCCCCGCCGGGCUGACCAAGCUGGGGUCGAGCUCCAUGGCGGAGCUGCACCCGAAGGCGGCGGCGGCAGCGGCCGCGGGGGGAGGAGGAGUGGCGGCGGCAGCGCCGGGCGUUGGCGUCGGGGUCGGUGGCGGCGGCGGCGAGGUCGGGAAGCAGAUGCCGCCGGCGAGCGUCAUGACCCGACUCAUCCUCAUCAUGGUGUGGCGCAAGCUCAUCCGCAACCCGAACACCUACUCCAGCCUCAUCGGCCUCACGUGGUCCCUCGUCGCCUUCCGGUGGAACGUGAAAAUGCCGGUGAUAGUAAACGAGUCGAUCGAGAUACUGGCCCGUGCCGGGCUGGGAAUGGCUAUGUUCAGCUUAGGUCUGUUCAUGGCCCUGCAACCCAAGAUCAUCGCGUGCGGGAACUCGGUCGCGGCGUUCACCAUGGCGGUGAGGUUCCUCACCGGCCCGGCCGUGAUGGCCGCCGCUUCGAUCGCCAUCGGCUUGCACGGGAGGCUCCUUCACAUCGCCAUCGUCCAGGCGGCUCUUCCGCAGGGCAUCGUGCCGUUCGUGUUCGCCAAGGAGUACAACGUCCAUCCAACCAUUCUCAGCACGGGGGUGAUUUUCGGGAUGUUGAUAGCGCUGCCGAUUACCUUAGUGUAUUACAUCCUACUCUGGCUGUGAACUUUCCCCUCGACCCGGCUCGAUUCGAUUUAACUUUAGAUUGGGGGGAGCGAGCAAACGGAGGAGGAAGGAAGGGCAACAAAGACUAAUAUACACUGUAUGAUGCAUCUUACAUGAGGAAUUCCUGGAGGGAGGAUGGAAGGAAAGAUCCCAAAAUGCUUGGAAGCAAAAGAACAUAAAAGCUCUGACCCUAGUGCCAGGAUUGCUGCCUCCCCCCUCCACCGCCCAAAAAGUCAAACGAGUCUCUCUCUCUCUCUCUCUCUCUCUACCUAAUUCCCGAAGACCCUUUUUUGAAGAGAACAACGCCUCCAAAGCUCUCGUCUUGCUUGAAGGAGACAUGGAAGAGGGAAAGAAGGAAGAAAAAAAAAAAUAUUAGAAUGCGAUGAGCGGGUCAAUCGAUCAUGUUUUUUCUUUUCUUUUCUUUUUUUUUCUUUGGUGAACUUCUUCCGUCUGGUCGUGUGCUACGCGGGCGAAAGCUAGGUUACGAGGUUCAUCUUCGCCCGUGAAGACGACAAAAAAAGAAAAAAAACAUGAGGAAUCCGAUUGUUAGUUUAAUCGAAGAAAGAUGAUGAGAGCGGGAGUUUCGUUAUCCCCUUCUAACCUCUUUUUUUCCUUUUUGUGUUUCUUUUCUCCUGUGGGUGGGUGUGUUUUGGUAUCUAGCUAGCGGCGUUGUUCCAGUCGUCCGUAAGAUCAGAUCAGGCAAUUAUUUGCGCUU